UUGGUAAGGUCAGGGGUCACCAUGAUACAGUGCUUUGCUCCAGAUUGUAAACAUCAGUCGGAAUCGCUCACUUGCAAGUUUUUUAGUUUUCCAAAUAAAGGAAAGGACAAGGAGGAAUAUCGCCACUGGUUUCGCUUGUUAAGGAGAGCUGAUAGAGAACCAAGCCAACAUUCUAAGGUGUGUAGCUGCCUCUUCAGAGAUGGACUAAAAUCGGCAGGACCUGAAAUUUUUGAGCGAAAUGCUCACAAACUGUUUCCUACACAGGAAAAUCCUACUCGGAAGAAAAGGAAACUUGAUUCAAAGCUUGCUGCAUCUGCAUUCUGUGACCUGGCAACUACUACUCAGGGAGAAAAUUUGACAGAGCAAAUGCGAAAUGAAAGCAUCUCAACUGAACAAGUAAUACUGGAGGCUGAACUAGAGUUGACUAAAUAAGA